UCCCCCCGGAAGUGGUGUUUGUUGUUGUUUCCCCGUGAGGAGAGAAGCCGUUAGCUGAAUCCAGAUCAGGGAAUCCCAAACAGCGUUUGUUAGUUUGUUGAUCAGAGAUGGAGCGACACCGGGAACACACGGAGGAGACCAAGCCGAGGGGAGAAGCUUUACCUCCAGAUGUUCUGAAAGUGAUUGUUGGUGAAGAGGAGCAGCAGAAGUGUAGCUCCAGUGUGGACCAGGAGGAGCCAGAGCCCCCCCGACACAUUAAAGAGGAACAGGAGGAACUGUGGAGCAGUCAGGAGGGAGAGCAGCUUCAAGGGCUGGAGGAGGCUGAUAUCACCAAGUUCCCAUUCACUCCUGUCCCUGUGAAGAGUGAAGAUGAUGAAGAGGAAGCUCAGUCCUCACAGCUUCAUCAAAGACAAACUCAACACAUGGAAACAGAAGCUGAUGGAGAGGACUGUGGAGGACCAGAACCAGCCAGGAACUCACAUCCACGUUUACAACCAGAGACUGACCACAAGGCUUCAGACUCUUCAGAGACUGAAGUCAGUGAUGGUGAUUGGGAGGAGAGCACUAAGUCAGGUUUAAACUCUCUGAAGAAUGAUGAAGUCACUGUCGGUGAUAUUACCUGUACUUCCGUUGAGAGAUCGUUCAGCUGCUCUGAGUGUGGUCAAAGAUUCGGCCGCAAGCCACAUCUGAACGCACACAUGAGAAUUCACACUGGGGAAAAGCCUUUUAGCUGCUCUUUCUGCGGCAAAAGAUUUUCUCAAAAGGGGAACUCAAUCAGUCACAUGAGACUCCACACGGGAGAGAAGCCUUUCAGCUGCUCGGUGUGUAAAAAGAGUUUCCGAUACAGCGGAGAUGUCAGCAGACACAUGAGGAUCCACACAGGAAAGAAAAGGCUCAGAUGCAACAUUAGCGACACAGGGUCAGAACCGGUGGGGAACGUGGAUCUACAAAGUAAUUCACAGCCGGACGGUGAUGAUAAGCGCCGAGAACGAAAAGCCGAAGUGAGCGAUGAAGGUUGGGAUGAGAGCGGAGAGCGCUGUCUGUCAGGUUCAAACUCUGACGAUGCCUCUGAGGAGGGACGCAACGCCGAGAAGGAGUCGUUCAGCUGCUCUGAGUGCGGGAGAACGUUUUGUCGCAGGGACCAUCUGAUGAGCCACAUGAGAACGCACACCGGAGAGAAACCGUUCAGCUGCUCCGUGUGUCAGAAACGUUUCAGCUGCAGCGGAAACAUUUUGGCACACAUGAGGAUUCACACAGGCGAGAAGCCGUUCGAGUGCUCAUUUUGCGACAAGAGCUUUAGCCAGAAAGGAACUUUGCAGCUCCACGUGAGAAUUCACACGGGAGAGAAACCAUUUAGUUGCCCCUUUUGCGAUAAAAGAUUUGCGCAUAAAAGACGCAUGACGCUGCACAUGUCGGUCCACACGGAGGAGAAGCGUUUCAGCUGCAGCGCUUGCGACAAACGGUUCACGUGGUACACGCAGCUGAAAACCCACAAGUGUGUCGGCGAGUCGUCACAGCGACAGCGUCAGAGUCCGAGCAAAAAGGCUCGAGCCGAGGAGUCGUUCAGCUGCUCCGAGUGCGGGAAAACUUUCAGCCUGAAGGGCAACCUGAAGACACACAUGAGGAUUCACACGGGAGAGAAACCGUUCGGCUGCUCCGUUUGCGGCAAAGGCUUCAAGCAGAACGUGCACCUCACGGAGCACAUGACCAUCCACACCGGGGAGAAAUUGUAUAAGUGCAGCGAUUGUGGAAAAGGAUUCAAUAAGAAGUCGCUCGUCAAAAACCAUCCUUGUGUUUAAUCCCUUUUGUCAGCUUUUGAUCACAUCCUGACCCUGUUGUGUGUGUGUGUGUGUGUGUGUGUGUGUGUGUGUGUGUGUGUGUCAGGGUUUCUGCGUGGUCUUA